UGAUUGAGAAGGUGGCUACUUUCCUCUUACUCUUAACUUCAGCGAGGAGUACCCUAGGAAACCACCAAAAUGCAGGUUCCGAAUGGUUUCUUCCACCCUAAUGUUUAUCCUUCAGGAAUUGUGUGUCUGUCUAUCCUCAACGAGCGCCAUGGGUGGAGACCAUCCAUUACAGUGAAGCAAAUACUAGUGGGCAUUCAAGAUUUACUUGAUCAACCCAAUGCAAGCGACCAUGCACAAACAGAGGGAUAUCAGCUUUAUGUAUCAAACUUAAAUGAGUACCGGAAAAGAGUUCAACGGCAAACCCUGGAAUAUCCACAUGAACUGUAGUCACUAGAAAUUAUGGAACUAUUAUAUUAUAUAUGUCAUUUGGCCUUUUUACU